UCCAUUCUGAUGUACGGCACCACCGGUGCUGCAGAAGCGAGUGGAAGGUGGAAGUAAGAUUAGCUCCUAUAGCUAUAAUUGGUGACACGGAGCAACUCAUAUAGCAUAAAAGAGACUAUUUUGAGUUUUGGUAGUUUUAAGGCUUACAUGUUCGCGUUAGUAGGCAUAUCCCAACCACAUAUUCUGGCAGUACGGUGACUGCUGAGGUAGAUAUCUACUUUUCUCUGGGCAUUAUAUGUAGCGUAAGCUAGCGAUAGCAGGCAUCAGUCCUCUGACAGGAUCUGUCUUUUUUUUUUUUCUUUUUUUUUUUUAACGAUUCCCCCGAUAUUUUUUAAACAUGCCUAUUCAGCUGACAAGUCAGGCUUACUGUAAAAUGCUUUUACAUGCUGCUAAGUAUCCACACUGCGCCGUGAAUGGAUUACUAGUGGCAGAAAAAACUAAAGAGAAAAAGAAAGACAGUCACGGUGAGCCAGUCUUGUGUGUGGACUGUGUGCCGCUGUUUCACGGUACUCUUGCUCUGGCACCAAUGCUAGAGGUAGCCUUAACACUGAUUGAUACUUGGUGUAAAGAAAAUAAAUACAUCAUUGCUGGAUAUUAUCAAGCCAAUGAACGCUCAAAGGAUUCAAGACCCAACCAAGUUGCAGAAAAAGUGGCUGCCAGGAUUUCUGAGAACUUCAGUGAAACAGCAAUUGUUAUGGUGGACAACAGUAGAUUGACAAUAAGCUGUUUCGAGCCUAUUGUGCUUAUUUAUGACCACCAUGAAAACAAGUGGAAAAGCAGAGAAGUAACUUCUGACUGCUUUGAGGACUGGAACGAAGCACAGAAGAUCACAUCUGCUCUGUUAGAGGGCAGGUCCUACGAGAACUUGGUUGACUUUGACAAUCACUUGGAUGAUCUGAGGAACGACUGGACCAAUCCUGUGAUCAACAAGUCCGUCCUGGAUCUGUGCUAAGAGCGUCAGUCUGCAGUACCCUGGACACGCAGACAAAUAUUGCUGCCGUUUCAGCAUGCAUGAUGCUACUUAUUGUGUAGCGCAGGAGUACAAAAAUGCUGAAGCCAUGCUCGUUGUUCCAUCAAAAAAAGCCCCUCGUACUGAGGGGAACUUCGGAGCACUGACUGGUUGAGCCAAAAUCUCUCAAGGGCAAGCGUCAUUUGUGCACUGUUGGCAUGUGUCCACCUUCACAAGGUGAUCCUAAGGUGAUGAAGACAAUUGUGUUUUUGACUGCAACUUUACUGUUUUUCUGCAAUGGUUUGUGUUUAUUCUAAGUAGGGUGCAUAAAAUUAAAUUCUAGAGUAUUUGAUUUAUUUUUUUCUCUUAAAUCUUAAGGCCAGUAGCCAUACAGAGAUCAAGUCCUAAUAAAUUAUUAAAACGUAAGGAGAUGAUUGUACUACUGAGAUAUGAUAUAGAUAGAUGUUCUUUAUUAAAUUUCUAGUUUAUUUGAAGCCCUGAAACUAAAUUCACAUGUAGAACUGUAGUCUGAAGAACGGUUAAAUAAAUAAAAAUAUAACAUAACCAGAGAGAUAGAAUGGUUUUAUCUUAUGUUCUGUAGAUGCACCAGAUGACUCAAGAGCUCUGACUUAAAUUGUUAAUGCUUAUUCAAACAUUUCUAUGAUGUAUGUGUCCUAUUAUUGUCCCUGGUGCGCUUCAGAAUGUCCUUUUGGAUGAUGCACAUGUUGGUGUGUUGGAUUUUGAUUGUUGUUCUGGAAGAUUUGUUAUGAAAUAUAAUACACUGAAUCUGAUAACAGGAA